AUGUCCACAAGACCACCUUCCCGCGUUGUCUUUGUUGGCAACAUCCCCUACGGUCUUACCGAGGAACAGAUUACCGAAAUCUUCAGCAGCGCCGGCAAAGUCGAGCGUUUCCGCCUCGUCUAUGAUUCUGAGACUGGUCGACCCAAGGGUUUUGGCUUCGCAGACUACCCCGACACAGAUUCUGCCUCUUCCGCCGUGCGCAACUUAAACGACCACGAGAUCAUGGGCCGAAAGCUUCGCGUCGAUUUCAGCAACGAGCAAAAGGGUAGUGAUGAUGACAAGGACCCCAGCACAUCCGGCUACAGCAUGCACGCUUCGAACGGCGCUGCUACCAACUACAAUGCUCAGCCCAGCACGCUUCCUCCUCUGCCCUCGGGCAAGGAACUCCCACCCGGCGUCAGCUGUACCGAUUCUAUUUCACGAACACUCCAAACCCUACCUCCCGCCCAGCUUCUCGAUAUCCUUUCACAGAUGAAAACCCUUGCGACCAACGAUCCGCAGCGGGCUACCGAGCUUCUUCAACAAGCACCGCAACUGGGAUACGCCGUUUUUCAGGCUCUGCUCCUCAUGGGUCUUGUUUCGCCCGAGGCGAUCCAGUCCGUGGUUGAGCCAGGAGCGCCGCCUCCAGCUGCUUUCCCCCCUGCCCCCAUGCCUGGCUUCCCCGGUGUGAGUAACACUCCACCCGUGGCUGCCAUGCCAUACCAGGCACCUCCUCAACAAUAUGCUGCUCCUCCUCCUGCUGCCCCUGCGCCGGUUGCGCCAGAUCAGGAUGCUUUGAUGCGCGCAGUCAUGGAGCUUCCUCAGGCUCAGAUUGAUAUGCUUCCCGAGGCAGAGAGGCAGCAGAUCCUAGCUCUUCGAGCUACGUUUGGUGGACAGCGGAGGUAG